UUUCUGUUGCUAUAGAAACGCCUCAGCGACGUGGCUAAGUCUAAAUUCUAGAUGGUUCUUUAGUUCACAGAAGAACACUUAGACGGCGUUAAUAUCAAUGGGGACAUAAUGACUAACGUAGUGCCCUUGUGUUGGUUUGGCGUCGAUUUGGGACGCAGCUUAAAAAGUACUGUUGUGGUAACUAGAUGUACAGAACAGAGAUAAGCUUGUUAGUAUGUUUUAGGUCGUCAGAGCUCAACUAACUAACUAACUAACUAACUAACUAACUAACUAACAAAUUAACUAGCUAGAAAAAGGUAAUGUUUCGAAAAACAGUUUGGAGAAAAGCAGUCAGCGAUGCUGUAAAUUGGCACCAAGACGAGUCUCUCAACACGACGAUUUUAAUCCUGAGAGAAUUCGGACCGACUGGGUUCCUUCUCAAAGAGGACACAGAACCCAAAAACUACAAAGUGUUCUUAGGUGAUCCUCAUACCUGCACUUGUGGAACGUUCCAGAAAGAGAAGGACCUCUGCAAACACAUUUGCUGGGUUUUGAUGCGCAAAUUUAGGCUACCAAGAGAUCAUGAAUAUUGUUUCCAGCUAGGUCUGGUAGAGCGACAGAUAAUGGAAGUGUUACAGCAUCCAUACAAGGUUGCCAUCACUCCAUCAGCCUCUGCACAGCUUCAAACUAGUAAGGAAGAUGAUGGUACAAUUAAGCAGAAAAACAUUGGGGAUGAUGAUAUCUGUCCCAUCUGUCAAGAAGAACUGCUUAUGAAAAGACUUCCAGUGGCACAUUGCAGGUUUGGAUGCGGAAACAACAUUCACAUCUCCUGCAUGAAAGUGUGGGCUGACCAUCAGGGCGGGUCAGACACAGACGGCAUGGUGAAGUGUCCACUGUGCCGGGAGAAUUUCAGCACCAUGAAGAUGUUGCUGAAGCUGGUAGGAUGGGUGAAAAAUGCAGGGCAGUUUUGUACCGCGUCAGAGAGCGAGCAUCUGGAGAAACACCUGGGGAUCCCGUGUAACAACUGCAGUGCACUGUGUGCAGUUAUUACCACUUGUGUGAGGAUUGCUUUAAGACAAGUUGUCAUCCUCGACACAGCUUCGCGGUUCAGGGUUUUGUCUCGUUACCCGGCUAUCAUUUCUAACCGGCACAUGUAUGGGUUAAACAUUAUUCUGCAGAAAAGAAAUCAGUCAUGGCAACUAAUGGAGAGCAAGAAGAGCUUAACAGACAAUCAAGAGAUCGUCAGUUACCCCCAAGCAAACCCCAAGUAA